UUACCGAAGAAAUGAAUGCAAUUCUUGUUGAAGUCAAGAAAGAUCAAGACAGAAUGACGUCUGAGAGUUUGGUAGAAUGUGGUUUCUGGGAUUUUGCAGGUCAGAAAGACUAUUAUGCCACACAUCAGACUUUUUUAAAUCCACAUGCUAUCUAUCUUCUUGUUACAAAUAUAUCGGAAGACAUAGCAGCUACAGAAGAUGAUAAAAACUUUGAUUCAAUUGAAGAAUACAUUGACUUUUGGUUUGACAGUAUUCACUGUCUACGUACAAGUUCUACGGGACAUGGUUUAUACCCACCUGUCAUUGUAGUAUGCACUCAUAUUGACGAGUAUAAGACAAAUAAAGAGUAUAUGGGUCAGAUGUAA